GGAUUGCGCCUGCGCAGUAGGGAGCUGCUCCCGGCUGAGCUUUGGGCUGGCUGCGGUCUCAGUCUGAGGGCGGCUGAACUGGCUGUCUCAUUUAAGAUGAGGCUUCUGCUGCUUCUCCUGGUGGCUGCGUCGGCGGUGGUCCGGAGCGAGGCCUCGGCCAACUUGGGCGGCGUGCCCAGCAAGAGAUUAAAGAUGCAGUACGCCACAGGGCCGCUGCUCAAGUUCCAGAUUUGUGUUUCCUGAGGCUACAGGCGGGUGUUUGAGGAGUACAUGCGGGUUAUUAGCCAGAGGUACCCAGACAUCCGCAUUGAAGGAGAGAAUUACCUCCCUCAACCAAUAUAUAGACAUAUAGCGUCUUUCCUGUCAAUCUUCAAACUAGUAUUAAUAGGCUUAAUAAUUGUUGGCAAGGAUCCUUUUGCUUUUUUUGGCAUGCAAGCUCCUAGCAUCUGGCAGUGGGGCCAAGAAAAUAAGGUUUAUGCAUGUAUGAUGGUUUUCUUCUUGAGCAACAUGAUUGAGAACCAGUGUAUGUCAACAGGUGCAUUUGAAAUAACUUUAAAUGAUGUACCUGUAUGGUCUAAGCUGGAAUCUGGUCACCUUCCAUCCAUGCAACAACUUGUUCAAAUUCUUGACAAUGAAAUGAAGCUCAAUGUGCAUAUGGAUUCAAUCCCACAUCAUCGAUCAUAGCCCCACCUAUCAGCACUGAAAACUCUUUUACAUUAAGGGAUUUUUGCAAGAGCAGCGUGACUGACAUUAUGAAGGCCUGUACUGAAGACAGCAAGCUGUUAGUACAGACCAGAUGCUUUCUUGGCAGCCUCGUUGUACCUCUUGGAAAACCUCAGUGCAAGAGAGUUUUUCAGUGCUGGCACAUUUUGGAAUUCUGCACAUUCGUGGAGUGCAAUAAUACUGUAUAGCUUUCCCCCCCCCCAAAUUCACCCAGUUAAUUGUUUUUUUAAAAAAAAUAGUAAACAUUGCUACUUGUAAGUUUUUUCUUAGUCAUAUUUGAAAAAGUAGAAAAUUGAGUUACAAUUUGAUUUUUUUUUAAGAUGUCUGUUAAAUCUGUUGUGCUUUUAUAUGAAUUUUUGUUUUUUAUAGUUUCAAAUUAAUCUUUUUGGGAAUAUAGCUGAAGUUCCCAAAUACUUUAUAAGAGUUUAUCACAUGUCUCUAAUUUGGCCAUGUCCAAUUUAUAUAGUUUUCAAAAUACUGCAGAUUGUGAACAGUGCAUUAUACAAGAUUAUGGGGGAAAUCCUAUAUCCAGAGUACUCUACAAAUUUGUGUGUAUGUGUGUAUGUGUGUGUAUGAUUAUCAGAGAGCUACUAAAAAACCAACUGCUUUUUAAAUCCUGUUAUGUAGUUCAAGUGUCUUGCCUUGACCAAUCUAAUGAGUUGAUUAACUGGGCCUUUAUACUUUAACUAAAUAAAAAACUAAGCAGAUGUGAAUUAAAUAAAAAAGUUUCAAUUUA